AUGGAAUCGGAGGAUGACUUCGAUAUGCAAGACGCUGCCGAAUCUGCGGAAGACGAUUUCUACAGCGGUGGAGACGAUGGGUUCGAUACCGACGACGCUGAUGAUUACGAGUUCAUCGACAAUGAUUCCGACGAUUCCGAUGACCUCGUCUCACAUCGCCACCAGCAAAAUUAUACGAUUUUGAGCGAAGCCGACAUUCGUCGCCGUCAGGACGAUGAUGUGGCGAGAAUAUCUACGGUGCUUUCUAUUUCUAAGGUUGCUGGCAGCAUCCUCCUCCGUCACUAUAACUGGAGUGUCAGUAAAGUUCAUGAUGAGUGGUUUGCUGACGAAGCGAGAGUACGUAAGGCUGUUGGCUUAUUGGAGGCACUUGUCGUGCCAUUUCCCGAUGGUAGAGAAAUGACAUGUGGGAUUUGUUUUGAAACCUAUCCGUGUGACAGACUUCAUGCAGCUGCGUGUGGUCAUCCAUUUUGUAAGACUUGCUGGGCAGGUUAUAUUAGCACUGCAAUUAACGAUGGUCCUGGGUGUUUGAUGUUGCGAUGCCCUGAUCCCUCUUGUGCCGCUGCCGUUGGUCAAGAUAUGAUUAAUGCAUUGGCAUCUGGUGAAGAUAAGGAUAAAUACAUUCGUUACUUUGUCAGAUCUUACAUUGAGGAUAACAGGAAGACCAAAUGGUGUCCUGCUCCAGGCUGUGAUUAUGCUGUGGAUUUUAUUGUUGGCAGUGGGAGCUAUGAUGUCACUUGCCGCUGUUCAUAUAGCUUUUGCUGGAGUUGUACAGAGGAAGCUCACAGGCCUGUUGAUUGUGGAACUGUAGCCAAGUGGAUUCUGAAGAACAGUGCUGAGUCUGAAAACAUGAACUGGAUAUUAGCUAAUUCCAAGCCUUGCCCUAAGUGCAAGCGGCCAAUUGAGAAGAACCAAGGCUGCAUGCAUAUUACCUGCACCCCUCCCUGUAAAUUUGAAUUUUGCUGGCUUUGCCUUGGUGCUUGGACAGAACACGGGGAGAGGACUGGUGGGUUUUAUGCAUGUAACCGUUAUGAGACAGCAAAGCAGGAGGGAGUGUACGACGAGGCCGAGAAGAGAAGAGAGAUGGCCAAAAACUCGCUAGAGAGGUAUACACAUUACUAUGAACGAUGGGCAACAAAUCAAUCAUCAAGGCAAAAAGCAUUGGCAGACCUGCAGCAGAUGCAAACUGUGCAUCUGGAGAAGCUGAGUGACAAUCAAUGCCAACCUGAAUCCCAGCUGAAGUUUAUAACUGAGGCGUGGUUACAGAUAGUUGAAUGUCGCCGGGUUUUGAAGUGGACCUACUCCUACGGUUAUUAUUUACCUGAACAUGAGCAUGCCAAGAGGCAGUUCUUUGAGUAUUUGCAAGGUGAGGCAGAGUCUGGUUUAGAGAGACUUCAUCAGUGCGCAGAGAAGGAGCUUCAAGUAUACCUGACUGCUGAGGGCCCUUCAAAAGAUUUCAAUGAGUUUCGCACCAAGCUUGCUGGAUUGACAAGUGUCACUCGGAACUACUUUGAAAAUUUAGUCCGGGCUUUAGAGAAUGGUCUGUCAGAUGUGGAUGUUCAUGGAGGCACCAGUAGGACCGGAAGCUCAAAAAGCAUAUUAGGUGGUGGUGGUGGUAGUAGCAGUAGGGGAAGAGGUGGGAGAGGCAAGGGGUCAACAUCCAGGUCAAGUGGCGGCCUUAGUAGAGGAGGCAUUGACGAUUCAGGUCAUUGGUCCUGUGAACUUUGCACAUUUGCUAACAUCAAAUCAGCCACCAUAUGUGCAAUGUGUCAGCAGCGUCGUUAA